UCCCUCCCUCCCUACCUCCAUCCCAGGCAACCUUCACUACCACCUCCUCUUCUUCCCUUGCCGCUACUCAGAUGCUAGUAAAACUGGUGCUUAGCAGCUCUCUGCAAGCCUAAAACACUCACAGUGGAGCUGCUUUGAUUUCACCUCAUCUACACUAACUGGACAGGAAGAGUGAGGGGGAUAACUGGAGCAGCUAUUUGUGGUGCACUCUGAUGACGACCACAGUCUCUGUAAUCAUUCACCGAUUGCCACUGAGUGAGGGACCGAUUCCACUGUGUCUGCCACAUGAGGACUGAGAGGCAGCCAAGGAGGCGUGACACGUAAGAUAGAUAUCCCCCAAUUUGAAGAAGACGGACCAGACUAAAUCAUCUCAAAGAACUACAUAAUCUCAUUCCGACUGCAAGGCACAUAUUAAUAAUCAACAAAAUAUAUAAAAAAGACUACUCCCACACCAUCCACAGUACACAAGACAUUGACAGCAGUGAGAAGCCAGGUCUUUACAUAAAUGGCUGACAAGCAAAUUAGUUUGCCUGCCAAAUUGAUCAAUGGGGGGAUCGCUGGCCUAAUUGGAGUCACUUGUGUGUUUCCCAUCGACCUGGCCAAGACUCGCUUGCAAAACCAGCAAAAUGGAUCUCGCCUUUACACCAGCAUGUCAGACUGCCUUAUUAAGACCAUCCGGUCAGAGGGAUAUUUUGGGAUGUAUAGAGGAGCGGCGGUGAACCUAACACUAGUCACACCAGAGAAAGCCAUCAAAUUGGCUGCCAAUGACUUCUUCAGGCAUCACCUCUCCAAGGAUGGAAAACUCACUUUGUUGAAAGAGAUGCUGGCUGGGUGCGGGGCGGGUACAUGCCAGGUUAUUGUCACCACUCCUAUGGAGAUGUUGAAAAUUCAGCUCCAGGAUGCUGGACGUAUUGCGGCUCAGAGGAAGCUGAUGCCAGAGACAGUGGCGGCAGGCACGGUGGAGACCAAAUCGCCAACAGCCAUGCAGCUCACCAGACAAUUACUGAGCGAAAAGGGAAUUGCUGGAUUAUAUAAGGGCCUUGGCGCCACAUUGCUCAGGGAUGUUCCAUUCUCUAUCAUCUACUUCCCCCUUUUUGCUAACCUGAACAAUCUGGGAAAGCGAGGUGCAGAAGGACCUGCUCCGUUCUAUGUGUCCUUCAUAUCGGGCUGCUUAGCAGGCAGCACAGCAGCGGUCGCAGUCAACCCAGUUGACGUGAUAAAGACAAGACUUCAGUCUCUGACCCGGGGUAGCACCGAGGACACAUACAGUGGCGUGACCGACUGUAUCAGGAAAAUCAUGCGUAAUGAGGGUCCAUCCGCCUUCCUGAAGGGGGCCUACUGUCGAGCCUUGGUCAUCGCACCUCUCUUUGGCAUCGCCCAGGUGGUCUACUUCCUGGGCGUGGGCGAGUUUCUCCUCAGCUUCCUGCCUAAAAAAGACAACUAAAGAAGCAUAUCUUUUGGAAAAGCCUUUCCCGCCCAGAUUGCAUCACACCAACACCUGCGUGAGGAAUCAUCUCAUCCAUACUGAACGUGACGUUUGUAUUUUUAAUAAUCAUGUGCUACAUUUUAUUUCUAAUUUGAUGUCUUGAAUGUCCGAAUCAUGCAGGGCGGAGCCUUUGUUCGCUGCCAAGCUGCCUGUGUCGGCGCAUGUCGAUCUUGAUAUGAAGCUGCAAAUUUCAGGUUAGGUUUGAAGGAGUAUGGCGUUAUAAUUCUAACAUGUGAUAUUUUAUAUUACGAUGAUUAUAUGUCCAAAUUUCAAGGUCAACAAAUGGCCCUUGGUUGCUGCAGUCUUAGAUGCUCCUUUUUAACCGAGGAUGUAAAAAAAACAGCGUUCCCCUCUGAAUCAAAUAGACUAGCGAUGCAUUAAAAAUAAAAUAGUGAAAAUAUAUCAAUUAAAAGCACAUUAAUGUACUUAGAUAUUUGAUAGAUUCUUAUAAUGAUGCUAUAUUGUCAAAACUCCUUGCGUUAUACACUGCUCAAAAUGUAAAGGGAACAAUUUGAUGACUUCAUAAUAGUAUGUAUGGCCUCCAUGUGCCUGUAUGAGCUCCUUACAAAUACACAGUAUGGUCAAUUUAUAGAGUAUUUAUUGUUGCACACAGGACCAGAUACUGUCUGUAGCUGUCCUGUUGACCUCCUUCAAUACCCCUCCAGCUACUAUAAUGUACUGGCCUGUCUCUUGAUAUCUUUUCCACACUCUUGAAACCGUGCUGGAAGACACAUCCCAACCUUCUGGCCAUGGUGCGUGUAGAGUAGCUUCACUAUCUUGGCAACUUCUAUAUGUGUUGCCUUUAUGUUUUGAGCAGUGUACUUAGAAGUAGAGCAAUAUAUAUAUAUAUAUAUAUAUAUAUAUAUAUAUAUAUAUAUAUAUAUAUAUAUAUAUAUCAGAGCAAAUCCAGGGAAAGUGUUAACGUGAUACCAGCACACCUGCUUUGACCAAUGUGAGAAGCCACACCCCUUCGCUAUAAGAUCACUUUCAUUGCCUCAGUUUUUUUUUUCAGCUUCCACAGUGACUUUAUUGUUCAGCUUCUCUGAAAGAUACUGCUGUUCUCGACACACUAUGAAACACUGAUUUAACAAUCAGGCAUAUAGCCAGUCCCUAAUCGGUGAUGAAGGAUGUUUUUUCUAUGAUGCACAGUCACUGAGUAUAUCAGAUGAUAACAUGUUGGUCCGCAGAGCAAUGAAAUGUCAUUUUGUGCUCUAGACAUUUUAACAUUUUAUUACAUUUUCUCAAGGGACAAUACUACAGCAAUGAAACUUAUAAUAUAACCUAAGAGUACUUUGUGUACAGCUUGGAAAACAUUGUAUAUUUACUGUCAACACACACAAUAUUCACAGUGAAUACGUCCAAAUUGUGUCAAUAUUCAGUGCUAUUUAGCACCGCUGUCAUCCUCUUGGGUAUGCAAUCCUUUUCCACUCCUCCAUGAUGAUAUCACAGAGCUGGUGGAUAUUAGACACUUUGUACUCCUCCACCUUCCUUCCACUCGAGGAUGCACCGCAGAUGUUCAAUUAGAUUCAGGGGUUGAGACAUGCUUAGGCACCUUCACGUCCCUCAGCAAAGCAUUUGGACGUGUGUUUGGACUUGUUAUCAUGUUUAUCCACUUUCCCAAAAGAGGGAGAUGUAGCUUUCCAUCAGAAUGACAUCGUACAUGUUGGAAUUCAUGUUUCGUUCCCUGAUACCGCAGCUAAUCUAGAUCAGUGUUUCUCAACCUUUUUUGAGCCAAGGCACGUUUUUUUUACGUUGGAAAAAUUUUUGCGGCACACCAAUAACCAACAUUAUUUGAUUCUUUUAGUUUUUUCCUGAUUACGGACUCGCCACAGCAGAUCCUUUUGAUCCGCAUACUAAUUUAACCAACAAUGUUACAACAUGUCACCACUACCUCUCACGUGCAUCACUAAGUCUAAUUAGAGGAACGAGGCAAUCAGCUACGUGUUGCCACACGGACGAAUAUUACAUUGCUCUGCCAGUUUUUACACCAAUGACACGCAACAAUGACAUAAUAUUUGCAGAAAAUUAUUAAUACAUGUUAAUUAAAAAAAGUGACAUUGAAUAAUUCCUGCGUCACGGCGGUCGAGUGGUUAGCGCGCAGACCUCACAGCUAGGAGACUAGGGUUCAAUUCCACCCUCGGUGUGGAGUUUGCAUGUACUCCCCGUGCAUGCGUGGGUUUUCUCCAGGUACUCCGGUUUCCUCCCACAUUCCAAAAACAUGCUAGGUUAAUUGGCGACUCCAAAUUGUCCAUAGGUAUGAAUGUGAGUGUGAAUGGUUGUUUGUCUAUAUGUGCCCUGUGAUUGGCUGGCGACCAGUUCAGGGUGUACCCUGCCUUUUGCCCCAAAGACAGCUGGGGUAGGCUCCAGCAACUGCGACCCUCGUGAGGAAAAAGCGGUAGAAAAUGAAUGAAUGAAUGAAUGAAUAAUUCCUCACGGCACAGUUGUUGAAAAUCCCUGAUCUAGAUCAUGAUUAGCUGUGUGUUGUAAAUCUACGUAUAGAAACUAUAUAACGACUACUCUAAAGUACAUUCAUGUUUUAUUUCUACAGUCUUGUCCCUUGAGAUGCUAUGUAACAAAAAUGACUGCUGGAAUGUGAGUAUAUGUACUCAUAGACGUGAGAUAGUGUAGUUUUAAACCUCAGUGACAUGUAAGUAACUAUCAUAUCAAGUAAUUAUGUCAGUAAACUAUACAUAUGGUGGUUUUAGAUUAUUGUUUACAAUAUGGUUCAGUCCAUUUUAACGUAUCACGUAUCACAACUUGAAUUCACUGGCAGUGCCCAAAGAGCUAACGCCAAACAUUUAUCGGAAACUCCCAAAAUCAAAUCAUUUGUUUGUUUAGUUUCCGCACAAACAUAUAGAAUAUAUCAUGUAUGCAUCACACCUCCAAAGCCCUGCCAUUGGUUUAUUGAACCGGAAAUCAAGGUUUUGUCCAAUUACAUUCCACUUUAUAGCUCCCACUUGAUGCAACUUUUUAAUGUGUACUCAUUUAUGGGAGUGACAAGUGUUUAUUAAUGUUCCUUUCUAUGGGUGGUAUGGCACUGUAUAUUUUGUAUGUGUUGUUGAAGUGUCUAUACCUUGACGAUAUUGUACAUAUGCUGAUGGUAUGGAGUCUAUGCUUUAGAAUUUGUCGUUUGUUUUUGUACAUGAUGGCUUAUUUGCACACCUACCUCCCCCCGUCCUCUUUAUUCAUAGUGUGGUGAUUUUAUGUUAUGAUGUGGGGAUAGCAACAAGCAUCAUUGGAGCAAUGCUAAUAUGCUUGGAGGUGCCAUUUACCUCUUAGUUAGCGUUCAAGUCUGCAGUUCGGCCAAUGCUCUUAUUCUCGCUGUUGUCUCAAUGGAGCAAAUGAAGCAUCUUAACAAUGAUGGGGAUAGAAAUAUAAUAAGCUCCGAGCCAAUAAAAGUGAAAUGAAGUAUCCCACCCCCCCCAGACAAGGCCAAUGAGGACCUGCUGACUUGAUACUGUAGACGUAACGUAAGUUCAGUCUGUGUUGAAUGGUGCUCCUUCCAUUAGCUCGGCAUUAUGAUGGAGACUGUACAGACGCUGAAUCACAUGCAGUCUUACAGUGAAAAGCCAUAAGGUUGCCUGUAAUGCAUGUCUGACUGUAAUGUAAGCUCAUCGUCAUCAACCUCUCAACAUUCCAAAUAUCGUUUUCAUUUGCUAUUCCUGUGAUCUAUUUUUAAUGUUAUUGAUGAUUAUUGUCAUGAUUGUAUGAAAUUGUUCCUCUGCUUUAUUUGACGCUUUGACAAUGUUGUGCAAUUCCUUUACUAGCUUUACUCCGCUAUGAAUUUAGCUGACGUUGUGAAUUUGGAGUACGUGCGUGUGUCCAGACGAUGUAGUGGUGUAGCUGAUGUGUAGUUGUUCUCUUUGAUUGUCAGCUUUUUUUUUGUGCUUAUUUCUGUCUGUCUGUCUGUCACACUCUUGUGCCAUCCGUCUCUUUUUUUUUUUUUCCAAGGAAAGCACAUCGGAUGAUUAAGGCACAUGAGAUAACACACGGGGUCAGUCCGACUGUCCCCAGAGUGUGCAGACACAGAUUCCAAUGGGAAAUGUAUUUAAUAUAAAUCGUAGACGGUCUCUAUAACGUACAGAGACCCCAUGUGAUGGUGUGCACUAUAUGCAGUUAUCCACAAAAUGUAUAUUGCCUACAUAUUCUAAAUGAAUCAGAUAUAAGAAUGUAACUUAGAUAUUAUAAGAUAAUUUAUUUAUGAAUAUAAAGAUUUAUGCUUUACACCUAAAAAAACCACACAGACACACAAACCAGCUCACUGAUAUGCAAUAAGUAGAAAGCGCACACACAAGCAACAGAACCUGUCUGUCAGCAUAACAAUAAUGUUUAAACAAUGUGAUCGGAGACCUUCAGAGCCUUUUUUUGGAGCCCGAGCCCUCUUCACGACCUCUUGCCCAAUUCCUCUGAGAGGAAUUGUGCAUUAGACAGCACUUUAAAACAACAACCCCCCCCUCCCCCCAUCACACUCACCCUACAGGGUGUUUAGAAUUCUGUGCAGUGAAUGACAUACACACAUGUACAUCCUAUGCAUUGUUUACAAUGCCAUCGAAAAAAAGAAAAGAAAAAAAUAUAUAUAUUGUGUUCCAUGUCACAAUUUGCUGUUCAAUAAACUGACUGUCCCUAAAUCAGUAAGGGUCACGCUUCUUUUUAUUCU